AUGGCACCUUCGCAGUUGCUGUUCAAGCGCGCUUGUAAUGACAUAGAUCAGUCUGAUUGUUAUGAUUCCUGGUGGUGGAGCAGUUCUGGCUAUGGAGUCCGCUACGCAAUCAUUGCUCUAAUCUUUGUCGGCAUCGCCCUGUUACUCUUCGGCGCCUACUUCCACGCUCAACGCAGGAUCCGCAAGGGUCUGCAGCCUCUCGCCUAUCACCGCUGGCUCGUGUCUCGCCGUCGCUACAGAGCUACACCCUUCCCUCAGAACAACUACACCUACUAUCAGCAGCAAGAUCCCGCAUACCCACCGCAGCAAGGCUAUCCGAUGCAGAACAUGGGCGGCGCACCUCACGGAAAUGUCGAGUUCCAGCCUCCGCCACCUGCGUACGGUAAUUGGGAGUCACCGCCGAUCUAUCAGCCUCCUCAGGGCGCGAGCAAGGUUGCCGCCAAUCAAAACACUCAGCCCAUGGAGAGAAAUGAUGCUGCUGGCGAGGGCGCUUCAUUGCCGCCGAAUCAUGCUCAGAACAACAACAGUCACACCCAAUAA